AUGAAGUCGCAAAUCGGUUUCGCCGCGCUCCUGGCGCUCUCUAACCAGGCUCUGGCCCAGCAGACGGCGUAUGGCCAGUGUGGUGGUAACGGCUGGACUGGCCUUACGACCUGCGUCUCUGGCUACUUCUGCAAUGCGUACCACGAGUUGCAUUCCCGGCCAAGCCCCCCCGGGCACAACCACCACGGCCCCGGCUCCUCCUGGCACGACGACCAGCACCAGACCUGCCACCACACUGAAGACUCGUGGGAGUGGGCAGAUGUUCGCAGCGGCGACCUCGUUGUUAUUCAGCAGCGUUUCCGCGCCAUCUGGGUGCAAAUCGCUAAGAAACUCGCUUGCAAGAGCUCUCGUGUUUCGUUUGAAUCCAUCAAUGAGCCCCCCGCCGACAACGCAGUCGAUGGCGCCAACGUCAACAAGUUCAACGAGCUUUUCGUUAGUGCCGUCAACGAGGCUGGCGGUCACAACGCCAAGCGUGUGCUCCAACUGGCCGGCGGUGUCAGCGAUCCUAUCAAGACGACUCAGUGGUUCAAGGCCCCCGCUAACAUUCAGAACCCUUGGGCCCUUCAGUUCCACUACUACUCGCCCUACGACUUCAUCUUCGGUGCCUGGGGCAAGACCAUCUGGGGCUCUGCCGCUGAUCGCGCUGCUCUGACCGCCGACUUCCAGGCUGUUCGCGGCAACUUCUCCAACGUGCCCCUCGUCCUCGGCGAGUUCGAUGCCAGCCCCCUCAACACGGAGCCUGCCGCACGUUGGAAGUGGACUGAUCAUCUAGCCCGCAUUGCUACCGAUCUCGGCGUUGCUCUCGUCAUCUGGGACAAUGGUCUGGAUCAUCUCGACCGGAACACUGGCGUGUGGCGCGAUCCCGUGUCCAUCGCUCUCAUCGAGGCUGCCGUUGCUGGCGAGCGCAGCUCCCUUCCCGACAGCACGGAAGAUGCCGGCGCGUCGACUCAGUCGUCCUCUGCCUACCUCUGGAACAAGGUCGGCAAUGCUGUGGCUGAUCAAGUGCUUCCCUGGCUCUUCAACGGUAACACCCUGACUGGUAUCACAACCCAGACUGGUGACGCCUUGUCAGCGGGUUCUGAUUACACCGUGUCCUCCAAUGCCAUCACCUUCAAGGCCGGCUUCCUUUCUGACUACCUCGGCCCCAACGUGACUCCUGGAAGCAAGGCCAACCUUACUUUGACCUUCUCGGCCGGUGCCCAUUCCAACAUUGAGGUUGUCCAGUGGGACACCCCUGUUCUCGUCACCGAGCCCGAUGCCACUCCCGGCCAGGACCUCCAGAUCCCCAUCAAUGGAAGGGCGUACCCGUGCUUGCCGCUGUGCGUGCUGAGGCUGCCGACGGCACCAUCCUGUUCGAUGACUGGACGCAGUGGCUCGGACCUCUGCAACGUGGACGCCUGCCACUACUUCUGGGAGGGCAGCAAUGUCAUUCUGCGCGCGUCGGCCAUCGCCGCCGUGCUUGAGCUGAACAAGGCCGUCAAGUUCACCUUUGAGUUCUACCCCCGUGUAGCGGGUAACUCGGUCACCUACACACUCGACCCGACGGACGAGUGUUAA